AUGGACAAAUGUUUUUUAAGCCCAACAGAGGCUAGCUCACAACCGCCAAGAGAUGCAACACCUCCAAGUCACCAGGCCCAGCUAGCCGCCCUCCAGGAAGUCGUCAAUAAUCAAGCACAACAGAUACACGAAUUGACGCAGCGGUGCCUCGCAUUAUCCGGCACGUUAGACAGUCUCCCACGCCCUGUCCUGCCAGAAUACCAGCCAAGACGGAAGCCAAUGGGGUCCCCCUUCAACGGAAACAAGUCAAAGUUCGUUGCGUGGCGAAGCCUUAUGUCGCACAAGCUAGUAGCUGACGCGGCGUUCAUCGGCGAUGCUCACAACCAGUGGGAUUUUAUAUUCCAGAAUCUCUCCACAAAGGUUCAAGGCCAAGUAGCUCCCUACUUUAAGUCAGGAGCAUCUGUGGACUACAACCCAACUGAGUUUCUCAACUACCUGUCUAGUAUAUAUGCGGACCCUUACCAGGAAGACAUAGCCCUCACCGAAUUGGAUUACAUCGAACAACGCGCAAACGAGCCGUUUGCAGACUUCUUCGUUCGGUUUGAGAACAAAAUGGCACUUGCAGGAGCCAUGUACUGGCCCGACGCAGUUCAGCUAGCAAAGCUCCGCCGGGCUUUAAACAAACAGAUGCGUGAUUUGAUUAUCGGUCGGGAUGUCUCUCGUACAGCAUACUAUCCGGCGAUUGAGAGGUUGCGAAGUAUAGCCGUGGACAUUGAGUUGCUCCGCUUAGAAAAGAAGUAUCGCAACAGACGCGGCCGAGGCUAG